AUGUCAAGCAUUACUGGGAUAUCUUCUUUUCCACAAGCAUUACCAUACAACAUAUCAAAAGCUGGACUGGAUAUGGUCACAAAGCAAUUUGCCCUUGAAUUAGGACCAUACGGUAUACGUGUAAACUCUAUCAAUCCUACCUUGGUUGCUACGCCGUUAGCUGUUCAUCAUAUCGAAGCCGGUGAUGUUUCCCCCGAGACAAUUACAUCAAGGACUCUUAUGGGACGGACUAUGGAAGAGCAAGAAUGCGUUGAUCCCAUUCUUUAUUUGCUCAGUGAACAUUCUUCCAUGGUGACAGGCCAUUUGCACGUCUUAGACGGUGGGUUGUUGUCAAAUAUAACUGUGAAAGUGUAG